GCAAGUCGGUGCUUGCUUUCAGCUGGUAGCUCCAAACCAAAACAGUGGGAAUGUUUUGCUUUUAUAUCCAGAACAAAGCAUAAAUUUGCCAAGGUAUCGUAUUGGUUUGCGACGGUCACCUUCCCUUAUCUGUCAUCUUGUCUGAGGAGUCAACAGUCGGUCGGUCAAAAUGGAGGAUCUUGGUGGCAGCGGGGCGGAGUCUGUGGCAUCACCCCCAGCAGGCACACCAAAGUCUAAGUUGGACACAUUGGCCAAAGAUGACCUCAUCAAGUUUGCCAAGAAGCAGAUGGCUGCCAUGCAGAAGAUAAAGAGCAAAUGUGCAGAUUUGGAGAAGGAAGUUGAAUCCCUCAAACAACAGCAAUCAAACACCAGUAGCAGCAAUUCAAAUGAUGCAAUAUUGAUACAGGAACUCUCUGAGAGAAUGGAUGCUUUGUUACUGGAGAAGGCAGAGAUUCAGCAAAGCCUGGUAUUGUCUCGUAAAGACCUAGAGAGGACAAAGCAGCAGGCCAAGGAUGACUUGGCCACACUCCAAGGAGAGCUUGACUGUUUGAUGCAAGACCACCAAGGGAAGAUCAAGACCCUAGAGAGCCUCAUUGAGGAAUCUACCAGCAAACACGAAGAGGAAGUGGCCCGUUUUCAGAAGCUCCUGAAAGACAGAGAAGAGAGCGACAGGGCAAGGGAGAGUGAAAGAGAGAGGGAACGUCAAGCUGAACAAAGCAGCGUGAAAGAGCAGUUGGAGAAGGUGCAGCAUGGUUUGGAAGCUGAGCUGGAGAGCCUUCGAGCUGAGCUGGAUGCGAUUCAAGAACGAAAAUGCCAGGAGAUGGCCGAGCUGCAGGAGAGUAACCAGAGGGAGCUGACAGAGGCCCAGCAGGAGGUGGAGAACCUGAGGGAAGAGCUGGCUCAGAGGAACCUGCAGCACGAGGAGGAGAUGAGAGCCCUGGAGGAGGACUGCGAGAUAGAGAGGGAACGUCUCCUCCUUCUCCACGAGGAGCUGACCGAGCAGCUGGCUCUUAAAGACAGCUACCUGCAGGAUGUGCAAGAGGAGGAUGAGGAACCUGUUCGAGGUUCAGGAAUUGCUAAGAUGCUGGAGCUGUCCGGCUGCAGCCAAGGCGACUCCAGCCAUAGGGAUGGAGAAGAGACUGAAACUAGGAGACUGAGAGUUGCUCUGGAAGAUCUCCAGGCCCAGAACACCAUGUUACAGGAUGAGCUAACCUUGCUGAAUAAUGUCAAGGGUGAAAUUGAGGCAGAGUUGGAGAGAGCUAAGGAAGAGUUCCAGAUGGAGAGGGAGGAGCUGGAGUUCAAAAUUGAUGAGCUACUGAUGAACCGGGAAGGUCCUGUCACUGAUUCCACCACAACCCCAAGCCACAUGAACUGUGACCCUGUGAUAACCCUUGAUUCGCACACACAAGAAGUAUUAGGUGAGCUCCAACAACAGAGUGAAGGACACAAGGAUGAAGGGGAUGAUCUCCAAUCUAGAUCCAAAGUGGUGACUUUAGCAGUCAGUCCUGUCCAAGAUCAACAGCUCUUGAAUCCAGAUGAGCUACAGAAGCUAAAUCUUGAAUCCCAGGAGCUCCAGCAGGUGAGGGCCCAGUGUGAGGCCCUAAUUAGGGAGAGAGACUCUGCCCUGGCUGGGUACCAGCAGACAAGGGACAUAUUGCAAGGUCUGGAGGCAGAGCUGGGCCAGAAGACGAGGGACUUUGUCCUUCAGUAUGAGGCCAUGAAGGAACAAGGAUCCAAUGCACUACAGACCCUCAAAGACGAGAUCCAAGAACUCCGCCAGGAGAGGGAUGGACUUGUGGACAGGGUCAGGGAGGUUACAGAGGAGAAAAAUAGCCUGGUGGAGAAGGUACAAGACUUGAAGCUGAAGCUUGAAGGCUCCUCAGAUGAGACCCAAGCCACAGAGGAGUUGAAAGUGAAACUCCAAGCCUCAGUAAUGGAACAAACAGCUGUAGCCUGUGAGCUAAAGGAGUCUGUAGAGAUGCUAACCAGGCAGAAUGAGGAAGUCCUUUCCCGGCUUCAGAUGAAGGAGACCAUGGCUCAAGAGCUAGAGGAGAUAGUCACCACCCUUACAACAGAACGAGACCAAAUUCAGUCCCUGGUCAAACUCAGAGAAGAGGAAGUGGCAAGGCUGAACAAUGAGAGAGCAAAAGAAGUCCAGGGGCUGCAGGAAGAGAAACAGAAAGAGAUAGACAGGCUUAGAAAGGACAAAGAGAGCGAGUUGGAGUGCUUGAGAAAAGAGAAGGAGAACGCAGUAGAACAUUUGAAAGAAGAGAGGGAAAAGAUGAAAGAGAGUUUAAAAGAAGAGAUAGAGGUUGUUAUCAAAGAUCUCUCCUCAGAAAAGGCUGACCUCCAGCAUAAACUUGAGGAGGCAUCAUUUGCACUUUCCCAAGUUCAGGAAGAGAGGGAAGUUUUGGGCUCAAAGUUGGCAACUCUGGAGCUUCAGCUGGAGCAAAACAGUUCUGAAAAGCAGCAUCUAGAAACCAGGUUGAGUUCACUGGCAGAGGAGAUAAAGCAGGCCCAAGCCACCAUUAGAUCUCUGGAGGAAAACCAGUCUGAAGCCCUAAGGAGCUCCACUGAAGAGGUGCAGGAGCUCCAAACUCGUGUAGGGGAGCUUGAAAAGGAGAGGAGCCAACUGAGGAGUAGACUUGAAGAGGCCCAGGGGGAGACAAAAACGGAGGAGGUGCAAGAAGAGCUCCAGGCUCGUAUAGAAGAUCUGGAGAAGGAGAGGGACAUGCUGAGGAACAACCUGGAGGAGGUGGUGAGGGAUAUGGAAGGGCUGCAGAAUGAUCUGAAGGAAAUGAAGUUGGUCAAUGAAAAGAUUAGAGAUGAGAACCAGAAAUUACAGACCCACAUUUCUCUGGUGACUCAAGAGAAGGAAGAGAAGGAAAUGGACAGACAGAAUAUGGAAAAAGAGAGAAGAGCACUUGAAGAAAAAGUGACCGAGAAAGAUUCACUCGUGGCACAGCUGAGGAGUGAGUUGGCUGCCUUCCAAGAAUCUGAUGCCAAGCCUGCUGUCUCUGAGGAAAGUGGAGCCAGUCAGUUCCUGGAGAAAAUUGCCCUCCUGGAGAAAGAAAGUACAGUGAAGGACGAGAAGAUGAACAAGAUCAAGGCAGUUGCUGUCAAAGCGAAAAAGGAGCUGGAUGCCAGUAAGAAAGAGGUUGCAGCCCUGAAGGAGGAAGUGGACACACUGAAGGUGGAAAGGGAGAGAGUGAGCCACUCUAUGAAGGAUAUCAUCCACAGUGCUGAGGGCUACAAGAAUCUACAGAUAGAUUACGACAGGCAGACAGAGCAACUGGAUAAGGAGAGAGAGAAGGUGGAAGCAGCAGAGAGACAAAUUGCUGAGCUGACCAAACGACUCAGCACCGCUGUCACACAGAAUGAUAUGCUGAGCAGUGAGAAGGAGGACCUGCGGGCCGGCAUGGACACCCUGCGGAGCACAGUGAGGCAGCUGGAGGCCCAAAGCCAGGAGCUGCAGAGGCACUCAGCCAGCCUGGACAGAGAUCUGCUGACAGAGAGAGCUCUGAGGGAACAGAAGACCAAGGAGUUGUCAUCUGCGUUGAAGGAGGUGGAGGAACUGACAGCUCAGCUCCACAAGCAGCAACAGCAGUCUCAGCAGACCGCCCAGGAGCUAGAGCAGCUACGCAAGGAGGCGCAGCAGAGCUCCCUCCUGGACAUGGAGAUGGCCGACUACGAACGGCUCGUCAAAGAGCUCAACGCUAAGGUGUCCGAGAAAGAAGCGUGUGUGGAAGAGCUGAAGGGCCAGAUCCGCACACACACCCAGAGGGAGGACGCACUCAACCAGGAAAUUGAGGCUCUGAAGUCCCAGCUGGACCAGGGGGAGGAGAAAGCCUCCAAGAUGAAACAGCUGCUGGUGAAGACCAAGAAAGACUUGGCCGAUGCCAAGAAACAGGAGGCCUCCCAUAUGAUGACAGAGGCCUCUCUGAAAGGUGAACUGGAGGCUAACCAGCAGCAGCUAGAGAGUUGCAAGAUUGAGAUCUGUGAGCUGACGGCCGAGCGCCACCGCCUGCAGGAGCAGCUGAGGUGUGUGUUGGAGCAACAGCAGAGAAACAACAGCUCAUUGCAGCAACGCAUCAGCAGCCUGCAGCAGGAAUGUGAUACUGCCAAGGCCGAGCUUGAGGCAACCACAGCAGAGUUUGAAAGUUACAAGGUGCGAGUCCACAAUGUGCUCAAACAGCAGAAGAACAAAAGCAGCGCACAGAACGAGGGAGACCCCGGCAAACUGGAAAGGGAGCAGCUGUCCUCUCAGGUAGAGCAGCUGAGGUCCAGGCUGGUCGAGAGCCAGCAGAGCCUCCAGAGCAGCACAGCAGAGCUGCAGCAGCUCCAGACUGAACACGACACUCUGCUGGAGCGACACAACAAAAUCCUCCAGGAAACCGUCAGCAAGGAGGCCGAGCUGCGAGAGAGGCUGCUGUCGGCGCAGUCGGAGAAUGUGGCUCUUCGGUCGGAACAGGCCCAAGCCCAGGCCGAUCUGCAUUCCCAGGCUGAGGCCCAGCGCCAGAGCUUCAGGGAGCAACUGAGGAGGCUGCAGGAUGAGCACCGAGCGACCGUGGAGACCCUGCAGGGCCAGGUGGCCUGCCUGGAGGAGCAGCUCUUUGCGCUGCAGAAACAGAGCAGCUCCGCUGUGGUCCAGUCCAGCCGGAAGCCCCUUGUGUCAGAGGCCCAGCGCAGAAACGCAGACCACGGCCAGGGCGGGCUGAGCUUACUGGCACUCAGCGACCUCCAGUCCAUGGCCAGGGAGGAGGGUGAGGGAAUGGAGACCACAGAGACAGAGAGCCCCUCCCCGGCACACACUCCCAUGCCCUCUCUGGAGCAGCUUCUCACCUCUCCCGACCCCAAACAAGAGCCGUUUGUGUGGACGGUGGAGCCCACCAAAGAGGAGCUGAGCCAGAAACUGAGCACAGCUACUCGCAGUAUGGAGCACAUGAACAGCCUCCUGCAUGAAACAGAGGCCACCAACGCAGUUCUCAUGGAGCAAAUCACUCUGUUGAAGAGCGAGGUGCGUCGUCUUGAGCGUAACCAGGAGAGGGAGAAGAGCGUGGCCAACCUGGAGUACCUGAAGAACGUCCUGCUGCAGUUCAUCUUCCUGCGCUCAGGCAGCGAGAGGCAGGCGCUGCUGCCCGUCAUCCACACCAUGCUGCAGCUCAGCCCGGAGGAGAAAAACAAACUGGCUGCCAUCGCACAGGGUGAGGAGGAGGCGUCGGGCUCUCGCGGCUCAGGCUGGUCGGCCUAUCUCCACAGCUGGUCUGGGAUCAGAUAGACCCAAACACACUGGGAACACAAUACUCGGAGCUGACUGGGCAUUCACAUUUGGUAGCCUAUACUGAGCAAUCAUAUUCAACACUGGUUACUGGGAAAUUAUAUAGGGGCAUUUAUGUCAGGGAGACAAUACAAGGGGCCAUGUGGAAAUGAAGGAAUAGGGAGACAUGACGGAGACAGUGGAAACCAAAUUAACUGACAUUUCCCAGUGCAAUAGGUACAGUCAUAUCUCUCCAAUGAAUGUGAAUUUUGAUGCAUCUCUAUCAUCUGUCGUGUAAUUAAAACUGUGUCUACUAGGCAUUCCGUUAACGCUUUACUUGAGGUGGUGCUGCUAAGGCAUUAUAAGCAGGGGAAGCACAUUAUCAGAACAUUGUGAAUGCAUGAUAAAUGUUACAAUCACAGAAAUAUUAUAACACACACAAUGUAUGAAAAAUAUACAGGGUUUAAAAUUGUAAUGACGCAACUCAACAGUUAAUGGCAUGUCAUUUUCUCGUGAUUUUAUAAUUAUACUGUAAGAAAAGGUUAUUAAUGCUUUGAGCAGGCUAAUACAGUGCCUUUAAAAAUAUUCAGACCCCUUGAUUUUUUGCACAUACUGGUAACAGUUUCAUUGCAUAAACAAAUGCGAACAAAGUAGAUUUUGUCAGUUUAAAGAACAACAAGUUGCUGGUAUCCUGUUUUGUGUGUGUAAUUACAGAUAUUUGUGAAAGUACUAUCGGGUCAUUGCUUCUGGCACAAGGAUACUGUGUUAAUGUCUCCUGUAGACACUGCCGGCCGGAUCUACUUUCCAAUUCAAAUCGGAAAAUAGCAACAAAAGAGCUGUUUAACUUCUCCAAAAAUGUGUACUAGGAUUUGUUUUUCAUAUUGGCAUAAUCUACUUGGCUCACAUUUGUUUAUGCACCAAAAGAGUUAUUUUUAGCUGUUUUGCCAUGGAAGUGAAAGGAGACACAAAUACAGUAUUGUAGCGGUCCAGAGGAGCACAGAGCAACUAAUGAGAUUUCACCACCAUGUGGACUCAUAUAACACCCAUGGGACUAUACAACUCUCUACAACACUCUACCAAAGUUUUGCUUUAACAAAGCUGAGAGCCACUCCCUUCAUUAGAUUGUAUGGGACUAGGUGUAAUUUUAGAGCCCAGAGUGGACCCUCCAUCACAGUACUUCAACAUGAUUUGGCACACAUGGCUCAUGUUUGGAUGACCUUUGUGUCAAGGUUUUGAGGCUUCAGACAAAAUGUAAAUAAUACUCCCAUCGUGGUUUUUGAACAUACUUACUUUGAAAUAUUAGUGAUUUUUUUUUUCUUCUGUCCAAUAUUUUGACUGAGUUCCAUAGUAAAGAUUGACCAGAAAAGUCCACUGGACAAAACCUACUGUCAUCUACAGUAGAAAUGAACCAUGUCUGCUCAAGUAUUACGAUGGAAUCCCAUUAAGAUUUGUGUGGAGACCUCAUCUUAGCUUUGUUGGCAAAAUU